AUGCUUAACAAUGGUGUUCCUGAAGUCGCACUAAAAAACAGUGUGUUUGUUUCAAACCCAUUGGCUCGUCAUGCAAUCGCUUUUUUUGCAACUACGGAAUGGAUUUAUGUCCAGCAAGUUUCUUCUGCUUAUCGUGGGAGUUUUCAUAUGCUUCCGUUUCUGAGUGAUAUCAAUGAGUUAGGUGGAACUUUGUCUCAAUACUGGUUUUCAAUUGAUCAGUCAAUUGCUGCCAAUAAAGAUAGUCCUAAUCAUAUCGCAGACUCUGUUCAUUUGCCAAAUUCAGCUGGAUCAAAAUCACGAGCAUCUAAGGAAUUACAAGUCCGUAGUCGCCGGUCAACUACUACAGGUGGUGGUUUUGUAAAAAGUAAUCAAACCAUUGGUGAAGCUUCCGCCACUGGACUAAUGAACCGAUUUACAGGCAGUUAUCAAUCUAAAGAUCAAGUGAAAUAUGAAAAAGUCAGCUGUGAUAGUGUAUUAUCCAGACGAGGCAGCAAAACAAAGGAUCAAACACAGUCUGAUGACGAAGCACUUGUGGAUAACAACAAUCGUAACAGUGAAAACAUAUCAAGUAUGAGUUGUGAUGGCCGACUGUCUGAAAGUGGAAAAUCAUCAGUCGCAUAUAAUGCAGAUAUUGAUUCAUCAUAUAACACAACUGCUGCAUUGAAUCCACCUAUCUGUCAACAGCGUACAGACGGUCACUCUUCCACUUCCACUACUUGUAUGAAUCCAGUGAUGAUUAAUAAUAUUUCAACUGCUGCUGUUCCACUACUUCAAGAAGCUAACGGUAAUCAUCUUCCAUUUCCUGGCUCUACUGGUACUUGUGCUUGCGCUUGCGCUUCUUCGUCGUCAGCGUCGAUUGAUGCAACAGCAGCAGCAGCAGCGCCAAUCAUCAAUUUAGAUCAAAGUGAUACUACUGAGAAUGAUAAUCAUCCUGGAAGCAGUGAAUUUGAUAUGGUAUUGAUAUUUUUUUUUAAAUAA